UAUGGAAUGGAUUUUAAUCAGUGGUUUAAUGUGAAUCACCGAACUAAAUGUACAUAAGCAAUCUACUUUCCUGGAUUUCAAUAAAUGUUAGAAAUAGAAAAUCAUUAUAACAAACUAUUGUUAUUAAGUGCUGACGGUAUGAAUAAUAUUUGAAUUCCGAUAGUUUAAUCGGCAAGACAAAAAAAUGCAGAGGAACAGGAAUACAAAUUGGAGAAACAGGAAUUCUUCAAGGAAUUCAGGAAAUGAAGACUCUGGAACAGAUUCUAAUGGUCUGAGAUUCAUUAGGUCUCUGUCUGAAUUGACGGGAGGAGGAAGGGGAAAUCAUGCCCCUCAUAGGAAUAGAUACACAGCAAAUAUUUCUAAUGAAGACUCUGGAACAGUUUCUAUUGCUCCGAGAUUUUUUAGAUCUCAGUCUGAAUCUAGGGGAGGAGGAAGGGGAAAUCAUGCCCCUCAUAGGAAUAGAUACACACCAAAUUCUGGGUAUGAAGACUCUGGAGCAGAUUCUAAUGUUCCGAGAUUCGUUAGAUCUCAGUCUGAAUCGAGGGGAGGAGGAAGGGGAAAUCAUGCCCCUCAUAGGAAUAGAUACACAGCAAAUAUUUCUAAUGAAGACUCUGGAACAGAUUCUAAUGGUACGAGAUUCAUUAGAUCUCAGUCUGAAUCGAGGGGAGGAGGAAGAGGAAAUCAUGCCCCUCAAAGGAAUAGAUACACACCAAAUUUUUCUUUCAAAUAUCUUGAGUCCUUAUUAGAAAAACCAUUGGAGGAAGUAAUACAAAAACUUUCUCAAAAUAAAGAUUUUUUUGAUUAUAUUGGACAGAAACUUACUUCAGAUACUAUUGUGUUGAUUGUGAAGCACUUGAGUAGGUUCUGUGAUUGUCAGUUCACAAAUCUAAGGAUCAAUAUCUUGCAAACAAGUUUGACUUCAGGAUUCGUUGAUAAUUUACAAUUGUACAUUUCCAAUAUAGCAUUUCAAUCCACGGGAGAAAAAAAAUUGAAUUCUUAUUAUUGGAAAGAUCCAGAUUCAUUUUGGCAAAAUUUUUUGAAAUUUUGUACCACAUCUAUGAAUGAAAGUCCACAUUUCUUCAUAGAUAAUUUACUGAAACUUGUUAAAAGUUCGCUAUUAAAUAUAAGAGAAAUCGAGAACCAACAUAAUUUACAUAUCUGCGAUGAGACUAAAGAUAAUUUAAAGUCGCUAAUAGAUAGAGCUGAGGAAAUCAAGGCCAAUUCUCAAACAAAGAAAAUUUUAGAAACCAAAAAUUUUGUGGACAAUAGUGAAGAGGAACCUCCUGAAGAUUUUCAUGAAAUAAGCAUUUUUCCAACAACAUUUGAAUUAGUUCAGACAAGAAAACCAUUCCUCCGAAAAAAUAUUGUUAUUGGUCCUUAUAGAGAUGUAAAUCAUUAUUUGGAUGUCCAGUUCAGAUUAUUAAGAGAAGACUUUGUUGGGCCACUAAGACAUGGCAUACAAGAUUAUUUGUCUGGUAAAAGUCGUCGGGACAUACAGGACAUCAAAAUACAUCCCAAAGUCCAAUUUCUAAAUCCCAUAACUGCCACAGGGGAUUAUUGUGUCUUACUCAAAUUUCACUUCGGUGGAAAACUGAGUAACUUCAAAUUUGAAGAUUCCAGAAAAUUUAUGUUUGGAUCUUUGGUCUGCUUCACAAAUGACAAUUUCAAUACAAUUUUAUUCGGUAGGAUUGUGGACCGUAAAAGUGAAUAUUUAAAACAAGGACAGCUUGUAAUAGGAUUCAAUAAACCAGAAGAGGUGAUUUAUAAUGCAGACUACAUAAUGGUGGAAUGCAGUAUUUAUUUUGAACCUUAUCAUCAUGUGUUGAAAGUUUUGAAGGGAAUCAGAGAGGAAGAAUUUCCCAUGAAAAAUUAUAUAGUAGAUGUUGAUAAAAAAAUAAUUAUGCCCAACUUCGGCAAUCCUAUGAUCCCAUACCAGAUAAAAAAUAAUUUUCAAAAUUAUGACUGGUACCUUUUUGAUGGAGGACGAAUUCCGAGAUUCAAUGAUUUGAAUGAAUCUCAAAACAACGCAUUCAUUGCUGCUCUAACAAGGCAAUUCUCAAUUAUUCAAGGACCUCCUGGAACUGGAAAAACUUAUGUUGGCUUGAAGAUAGCCAAAACAUUACUCAAUAAUUCAGAGGUGUGGUGUAAAGAAUCGCCAAUUUUGGUGAUUUGCUUCACUAAUCAUGCUCUCGAUCAAUUUUUAGAAGGAUUAAUUGAUACUACUGAUAAAAUAUUGAGAAUAGGAGGACAGUCAAAAAAUGAAAAUUUGAAAAGAUUCCAAUUGAGAGAACAUGCCAGAAAAAUGAGCCCUGCUGUGUGGAGAGCAAAAGAUCAAGUUAUGCAUUACUUGAGACUAAUAAAAAAUGUGACUGAUAAUCUUAAAUCUAUUGCAAAUCACAAUUACAUUCUGAAUUUUCGCGUGUUUGCCAGUGUCAUUCCGCAUUUUGGUGAAAGUUGGCUUGCCAAUGCCAAAGAAAAAGAAUUCCUUGAUUGGUUAUUAACUGAAAGCAUUCCUAAUACUGAGGAUAACUCGAGGGAGGAACAAUCUCACCUAAUAAGGCAAUUCCAAAAUGUAGCGAUAGAAGACUCUGACGACGAUGAUGAAGAGGAGGAAAACGAAAGAGAUGACUUAUAUGAUAUCAUAGCUAACAUGGAAUCAAAUGUUCAAGAGCCAUUGCUUGAUUUGAAACAAUUACAGGAAAAAAUUAUUUACAACUGUAGUCGUUUAGAUGACUUGAGGUCGCAAAUGGAAGAUGACGAGAUGGUGUUCCAAUACAUGUCUCUGGAGGCACAAAAUGAGAGAUUGAAAGCCAUAUGUAAUAUCGUUAAUCAAAAUAUGGCAUUAGCUUUUAACCAAAGUACUGAAAAGCCUAAAACCGAUGUCAGGCAUAGCAAACAUAUUCCUGUUAAUGAAAGAUGGAGUUUAUAUUUUUAUUGGAUCCAGUUGUAUAAAGAAAAGUUACUGGUAAUGUAUGACGAUUAUAAUGUGGAAUAUAGGAAAGCGUUCGAAUUGUAUAAUGAACUGCAAGAAAUGGGUAAUAUUGAAAUUCUCAAAACCAUGAAAGUGAUAGGCAUGACAACUACUGGUGCUGCUCGUCUACAUUCCUCUCUUCAAAUACUCAAAUGUCCAAUUGUUAUUGUGGAAGAGGCCGCUGAGGUACUAGAAGCUCAUGUUGUUUCUGCUCUAACAACAAGUUGCCAACAGCUGAUAUUGAUAGGAGAUCAUCAACAGUUGAGGCCUAAUACAGCCAAUUAUCAAAUGGAAAAAUUUUAUCAUUUGGGAAUUAGUUUGUUUGAGAGGAUGGUACAGAAUGAAGUUCAAUGUUUCACCUUGAAUACACAACACCGAAUGAGGCCAGAAAUUUCAGCAUUGAUUAAACCAUCGAUUUAUCCAGAUUUGAAAGAUCACGAAUCAGUAAUGGAGAGACCACGCAUUCAAGGAAUCGAUAAAUGUUUGUAUUUUAUUGACCAUGAGCACCCAGAAGAGUCCAGUGCUGGAAAUUCGAAGAAAAAUAUCCAUGAAGCUAAGUUCUUGGUUCAUUUGGCUAGAUAUUUGAUACUUAAUGGGUAUGAGCCUGAGCAAAUUACUAUACUAGCAGCUUAUCUAGGUCAAAUGUUUGAAAUACAAAAAGAGAAGAAGAAAAUGCACCUUCUUCAAAAUGUCAGAAUAUCUGUACUUGAUAAUUAUCAAGGAGAAGAAAGCGAUAUUAUAUUGCUAUCUCUAGUCAGAAAUAAUAAUGAAGGCAAUAUUGGUUUCCUUUCCAUCGAUAACAGAGUCUGUGUAGCCUUGUCACGUGCUCGAAAUGGAUUUUACAUUAUGGGCAACAUGUCUCUCCUAUGCGAGAAAUCCCAGCUAUGGGUGAAAAUUAGAACAACUCUAACCGCUCAAGAAGCUAUUGGACCUUCUCUUGCUUUGAAAUGUCAGAAUCACAGUAAUAUAACAAUGGUUUCCACUGUGAAUAAUUUUUCUUUGGUAUCGGAGGGUGGAUGCGAUGAAAUUUGCAAUAGUUCCUUAGUUUGUGGGCACAGAUGUAAAAUGCAAUGCCAUACUUAUGACAAAGAUCAUACAAAAUAUAUUUGUACAGAGAAGUGUAACAGACUUCUGUGUGACGUGGAUCUAACACACAUAUGCACUAAAAGUUGUAGUCAGGAAUGCGGUCCUUGUAACUACCCUAAAAAUGUAACAUUAGAUUGUGGCCAUCAUGCAGUUAUUCCAUGUCAUUUGCUCCCAGAGGAAUAUAACUGUAUUACAGAAGUACAAGUAACUCUUCCUUGUGGUCAUGAUGCAAUAAAACCUUGUUAUAUCGAGACUGAUAAAUUCAGAUGUAAGGUUCCCUGUGAUGCAAGGCUGGAUUGUGGUCAUUCUUGUAUUAAAAAGUGUCAUGCCUUUGUGGAUCCGGAUCAUCUGCUGUAUAAAUGUGUGAAGCGCUGUGCUAAGUUUAGAGAUGGAUGCACAAAUUUGGAGAAUGAGGAUCAUAGGUGCACAAAAUUAUGCUAUGAAGAAUGUGAACCUUGCGGGAAGCUUGUCAAAAAAGCUAGAACUGUAUGUCCCCACUUCUUCGAUGUACCUUGUUCGGAAAAUGUGGAUGACAUCAUAUGUUACAAGCCAUGCAAAAAAGCAUUGGACUGUGGCCACCCAUGUCCAAAUAAAUGUUCAGAACCAUGUGGUACCUGUACAAGGAAGGUGAAAAAGGUAAUACCAGUUUGUAAACAUAGCAUUAUAUUGCCUUGUUGUCAAGAACCAUACAAAGAACAUUGCAACAAGAAAUGUCCCAGGCUGAUGGAUUGUGGGCAUGUUUGUGGUAGGAUAUGCAGAGAGCCUUGCGAUUCAAGUAAAUGCAAGGAAAUUGUGGAAGUGUCCAUCCCUGCAAAAUGUGGACACAUUGUGAAAAGUGUCCCAUGCUUCGUUAAAACGUCAUAUAAGAAAGAUCCAUCAUCAAUUAAAAACUUGGAAUCUUAUUGCUCAGUGCCAUGUACGGCAAUAUUGAAUUGUAGUCCUGAAGAUAAGCAUCUGUGCGGUGGUUCAUGUGGAUCUUGUUACCAAGGACGGAUUCAUAAGAGAUGUAUCCAGAAAUGCAGUCGAAUAUUGAUCUGCGAUCACGAAUGCACUGGAUAUUGUCGAGAAACAUGCAAGCCUUGUUUGUUGAACUGUUCAUUCAAAUGUAAACAUAACAUUUGUAAAAAGCGUUGUGGAGAUCAAUGUGUUAUAUGUAAGGAACCGUGUAGUAGAAGAUGUAGACACCAGAAAUGUACCAAAAAGUGUGGGGAAAUUUGUAACGUUCCUCCUUGUGAGGAGCCAUGCACAAGGUACCUCAAAUGCGGUCACCCUUGCAUUGGCUUCUGUAGUGAACCAUGUCCACCUUUGUGUCGAAUUUGUGACGAGGAUGAAGUAAAAGAAGUUUUCUUUGGAACAGAAGAUGAAGACGAUGCAAGGUUCAUCCUAUUGAAUGAUUGUGGACAUAUACUUGAGAAUACUGGUAUGAAAGAAUGGCUUAAGCAAGAACAAGAUGCGAUUAAAUUCAAAGUGUGUCCAAAAUGUAAGACGAAAAUAUUUGUUACUGAAAGAUACAGUGAUUAUGUUAAAAAAGCAGUUCAGGGGAUAUCUGCUGCUAAAAUAAAAGGAAUUGGAACACAGCAAAUGAUAACCCAAAAAUGUUCAGAAUUAAGAAUUAUGCAUGAGAAUUGGUUAAAGUCUCUUCAUUUGGGAGAGAGGAGCUUCAGUGACUUAUUGAUCAAACAAUCGAAACCCCUACUAGAACGUCUGCAAAAAGUUAACAAAAGUGGACGAGUUCAACUUCUGAAUCUUAUAGAAUUGAAUGCAGUUGAAAUAAAACAACAACUGAUUGAGCGAGUUUCUAAAAUCUUAGCAUUAAUUGAUUCAAGUUGCCUUACAUCUAACCUGACUUCAUUGCUGAUGACCCAAGUCAAUUUAAUUUUGACUAACUUGUUGAGGGAAAUUGAUGAUAUAACAACUCCCGAAGUUGAAGAUAUUCAGAGAGAAAUCAAUCGUUUGCAUAGGAUGGUUCAGAUAUUACCAUUGUUGAGCAGAUUGAGAUAUCAGGAAGAAAGUGUGAGGAUAAGAAUAACAAAUUUGAAUGACCUAAUCAAUACUUUAGCCAAGUAUGACGACAAGAAAGAUGAGAGUGUUAAGAAAGAAUUAAGUGAUCUCAGGAGAGGACUUUCGAUGUUGGAUAUAACUGAACUUGAAAAACAACAGCUUGUCAAAGCCAUAGGGUUGAGCAAAGGUCACUGGUUCCAGUGCCCAAAUGGACAUCCCUACGUAAUAGGUGAAUGUGGCGGCGCUAUGCAGACUAGCCAAUGCAUCGAAUGUGGAGCUCCAAUUGGUGGACAAAGUCACAGGUUAUUGGAAACAAAUAGAGUAGCAACAUUUAUGGAUGGAGCCAGACAUUCAGCAUGGUCCGACUUCGAAAAUAUGCACAAUUAUCAAUUUUGAAAUAUCCAGUUCUAUUCAGUCAUAAACGAAAAACAUUAUGUUAAGUGUGGUGGCUUAAAAAAUGUUUGAAAUAUUUUAUGAGUUAAGAUAAAAAAAAAAGUUUAUUGUGUUUUUCUAUAUCUACUAGUUAACUAUGUAAAAAUUUUUGUAUAAUAAAAUGUGUGAUUUUGAAA